AGCACACAGAGCUUUUGCUGGGUCACUGCCUCUCCACGCUCAAGGCAGAAUCAGGUUCCUGUAAUAGGGAAGAAUUCAGCUGACAAGAGCAUGAGUCCCUUCCUUGUGAUGUCUCUCCUCUUUGGCUUGACUUUUGGUCAAACAGCAUCGCUUUGUGCUCCUUCAGAGUAUACAAUCCAUGUGGAAAAAAGGGAAUGUGCCUACUGCCUGGCUAUCAACACCACCAUCUGUGCUGGAUUUUGCAUGACCCGGGACAGCAAUGGCAAGAAGCUGCUACUCAAAAGUGCUCUGUCCCAGAAUGUGUGUACGUACAAAGAGAUGUUGUAUCAAACAGCACUGAUUCCUGGCUGUCCUCAUCACACUGUCCCUUACUAUUCCUACCCUGUGGCUGUGAGCUGCAAAUGUGGUAAAUGUAACACUGAUUAUAGUGAUUGUGUUCAUGAGAAGGUUAGGACAAACUAUUGCACUAAACCACAGAAGCUCUGUAACAUGUAAGCUUCCAACAAAAUGUGGUCAAAAUGUACCUUUCUGUUCACAACUAAAUAAAAAUAAAAGUGUAUUUCGUACAGGUUUGCAAA